ACCAUUGGGUGGUGCAAGACGGCGCGCAGCUUCACUGGCAGCCUGAGCAGCUUGUGCGCAUGUUUUCACAUAGACUACGGGGCAGGUCUUCAUCAUUGCAUGGGCUGAUGUUCAGUGGGAAGAAGCGGCGGUUUGCAAAAUAAAAUAAAAAAUAAGAAAAAGGAUACAGAUCGGACAAAUUGAUAAAUCAGGCGCCAUCAUGAGCAAAGUGCAAGGCGGGAUGAAAUGCGUGAAAUAUCUGCUUUUUUCCUUCAACUUCAUCUUCUGGUUGUCGGGCUUGUUGGUGCUGGCCGUCGGACUAUGGCUACGGUUUGACCCUCACACAGUGGAUCUCCUGACAGGCGAUGGCGCUCCUGAUACCUUCUUCAUCGCUGUUUACAUCCUUCUCGGUGCAGGAGGCCUGAUGAUGGUCGUCGGGUUCUUCGGUUGUUUUGGAGCUGUGCGGGAAUCUCAGUGUCUUCUCGCAUCGUUCUUUGCCUGCCUUCUGAUCAUCUUUGGAGCAGAAAUCACUGCUGGUGUGUUUGGGUUCUUGAACAAGGAAAAGAUUGCUGAGGAAAUCCAGAAAUUUUAUAGUGAAUCCAUGGCUGAUGAUAACCUUAAUGGCACUGUCAUAGCAGUAAUUUACCACAAAACUCUGAAUUGCUGUGGAGGUUCCAGUUCAGAGAAAAACCAAGCAUUGUGUGCUGACGUGCCAGAGGACACGAGGGACUGCCUUACUGCAAUAACAGACUUCUUGGAUGGAAAGCUGCAAAUUAUUGGAUAUAUAGGGAUUGGCCUUGCUGGCAUAAUGAUUAUUGGAAUGAUCUUCAGCAUGGUCCUGUGUUGUGCUAUCAGGAACAGCAGAGAAGUUAUAUAGAUGGUGGGAUGACCCCCCACCCAAACCACCCACACCCACUCUCCCAGCAACAACCAGACCCACACAUGCGCGCACAACCCUUUAUAAUCAAUGUAUCCAUAUGGGUAGAGCAGUUCUACAGUUGCAUUUUGGUGGCAUUCUUUUAGAUCAGACUGAAGGGUGGGGAGGUUAACUGCACAGACUGCAUUCAACACGAUACGCUGGAUCAUUUCAAACCUUCCCCAUGAAUUUACCAGCCCAGAAACACUGAUUUAUUUCUCUGUUCUUUUCCAUUCUUACUGCUUCGCUUUUUAGCACAACAUUGCAACAAUCCCUGUUAUUAACAUGAUUUUGUUAGGCUGCUGGUGCUCUGUAGAGUUUGUCGUACUGCGCUGUAGCUACAACACAAUACACAAGGCCUUCUAUGACACAAGAAUGUUGUGUUGGAGGAUUAUUGCUGUAAAUACUGUAUCCUGUGCAUUCAUUUGCUUUUUUUGGGCCUAAUUCUCGUCAUACUUUGUUUGAUUAAGAGUUUUGAGGACUAGCCUACCUUUGCAGUGUGAAUUUCCAUGUAGUGCCUCUUUGAACCUCUUAAGUCAUAGUCAAACCUCCAACUACUGAAUUAUGUGUGCAUUUUUCCUAUAUGUAAUAUGUACAUAACAACUGUGCUUGCUGUUUGCCUCCACUUUUAAGUAUUUCUACUGUAAAGCACGAAUGUAAACUCAAAUUGUCCAGGAGGUUUCAUGAAGAACUGCCCCUUUUGUAAAUCUACAAAUUCUUCCGAGAGGUCAGUAAUAUGUUGUGCUUAGCUCUUCUUGAGCAUGUUUAAACUGUAACAGUAAGCUAGUUUGCAUUUUGUGUGAAUUUGUGUGGAUGUAAAUUUUGUUAGGUGUGCCAAUAAGAUGUGAAAUAGAAAAUAAUACAGUUUGUCAUUCUGUUAGUGAUAAUAAAACAUACUGGGUGCUCUUA